UUAAAAGGUUAAUAAAGGAGCCAUGUUGUAGUGACUUUCUAAAGGGAGAGUUUCAGAAAGAGCAGAAGUUUUUGAAGAGACAGAUGCCCAAUUUAAAGGCAUUAGAUCAGGAAGUAAAAUUUCUUUCAACCUAUUUGAUGAAAAUUGAUUAUAAUGUCACCUGUGAUGUUGGUUGGUUUCUCAAUUGAUGACUGCAUGUUUACUGACUUUUUAUUUUUGUGUUUUUAUGAUGUCACUUUGAACACUUUGAACUGCCUUCUUGUUGAAAUAUACACAAAUGAUUGAUGGAUUGAAUCUUUUAAGUUUUAUAUGAUAUAUACAGCACUUUUACAAUAACAAUGUUGUGCUAUAAAAUGCCACUAUGUGCCUAGAAAACACAAAAUGUUUCCCUUUAAAUAGCCAGUUUUUCUUCAGAUGACCUGCAGUUCUGGCCUACCACCGCGCGGGGGCGCCUGCUGCGGUGUGUGGAGGCGGAUGAGGUUUUGUUUAUCUGAGUUUACUUCCUGUUUCUGCAGCUCAUCGCGGUAAAACGUUUCUAUCUUCUACAUCGCCUCAUUCUGCAGAAUUCUGGGCUAGGUUCUGGUUCUGACCCACUUCUCUGGAGCUGCAGGUUACCGCAGGCACGCACAGAGUCUGCUCCGAACCGGAGAACGCCCUCAGCCAUGGAGUCUGAGAACCCAGUAGUAGCAGGCGGAACCGAACCUGCAGUUGAAUCCAACGAGCAUGAUUACGCACACACCGCGGACACAACCGAACCUGAGGCAGGCGGAACGCUACAGCCCUCCGAACCCCCGCAGUUGGAGCUCCCAGAACCUGUCCUCGGUGCAGAAGUGGACUGCCCCGGAGGCACCGAACCGAACCCUCACACCGAGGACGAGCCCGCUGUGAGCUGCGCUGAGGCGGUACCGCGCGGCGGUUCGCGGCGGUCCAGACGGCCGGAAGACCGGAACUGCUGCUGCUGCAGGCUGCUGUUCCAGCGGCAGGGCCGCUCCCUGAACCGCAGGGCGGUGUACACCUUCACUACCCCGGACACCGUCCGCUGGGUCUUCCCGGACUCCGAGGUCCACGAAAAGUCCUUCCUGUGUGAAACCUGCGCCCAGAUCAUCCGAACCAAGGGCAAGCGCAAACAGAGCGGGAAGCGCUCGCUGUGGGUCAAGCCGCCCGAGGUCAGGAAGGUGAAGGUGUCGCCGGUACCAGGCCGCAGGAUGGGCAAGAAGAGCAAAGCGGCGCUGCUGGUUAGCAAGUCCAGCUACAAGGCGGCGCUGCAGAUGCUCUGGUCGUCCAAAGGCGCCCGGAAGCCCAUGCUGGAGUUCUGGAGCAAGCAGCUGCGGACCGAGAUGAAGGUUCUGGCCCGGCGGACGGACAGUCCCUUCCAGCAGAAGGUGUCGGACCGGAAGCCGCUGUCGUCCUUCCCGUGGCGGCACUGCCUGGGCUGGGCCCAGCAGAACGCGCCGCUGGUCACCGCCUGUCUGCGCGCCAUGUUCCCCGACAUCAACACACUGUACCGGAGCAGCCACAGCCAGCUGACGGAGGAUCAGGCCAUCACGCUGCUGGAGCGCCGCGCAGUGGUGGCGCUCGCCAUCCCGCUUUUCACCAGGAACAUCUGGAGGAACAACUUCCUGCAGGCGGCGCUGGGGGCGGAGCUCCGGCUGCAGGGCUGCACUGGCUCCGUCCUGGACGCGCUCAACACCAUGGGGCUGUGCCAGAACAAGGACACGGUCCGGUUGCUGGUGCACCGGCUGUGCAACGGCAAAGACCUGGACGGGGAUCCGGGUCUGAUCCUGAAACACGAGCAGAUCAAGGAUGAAAUGGAGGAAGAGACAACAGACGAGGAAGAGGAGGAGGAGGAGGAGGAGGAUGAAGAGGAAGAUGAGGAAGAGGAGCAGGAGGAGGAGAUGGUGAUGGCAGUGGAAGAGGAAGUGGAGCAGGAAGAAGUUCAGGAUGGACUGCAGGAGGAAGAGGAGGAUGUGGCUUUGAUAGAGAAAGAGGAGCGGAGGAGGAGGAAGAGGGCGAGGAAGAUGAGGAGGGAGAAGAGGAAGGAGCGGCGGGGCGAGCGAAAAGAGAGAGAGGAGGACGAGGAGGACGAGGAGGAGGAUGAAGAGGAGCUGGAGCAGAAGAAGAAGAAGGUGGUGGUGGUCCGGCUGGGCCUGCUGAAGGGAACCUCAGAGGUGGGACGAUCCGACCUAUCAGCUCCCUAGCACAUGCUAAGCCCCGCCCACUUAGUAAUUAAAAGGAAUUCUGGGAACUGUAGUCCAGCAGCUGGAGGGAAAACUGAGAGGGGCCCUGAUGAUGGUCUCCUUCCUCUACCUGAAGAAGCCUCUGGUCCUUCCUGAGGUCAGAGGUCAGCUGGUGAAUGUUUACAGUUCUAACGUCUGUAACUUUUUAUGAGGACAAUAAAGUGAUGCGUGUUGAUCUGAAGCUUUUUAUUGGCUCCUCAACACAAAGGUCAAAAGUUAAGGUUCACUAGCCUCAUCCACCUGUGGGACCAACUUCAGCCUGACAGGAGUUCAGGAAGGUCAAAGGUCAGGUUCAACCCCAUUCUUUCAGUCUGGAUGAAUAAAUGAGGGAAAUGACUUUAAAUGCCUCCUUCCUUCUGAUGUUCUCUAGUCUCCUUCCUUAUGUUCCCUAGUCUCCUUUCUCCAGAUAUUUCCUUGUGUCCUUCCUUCCUCUAGAUGAUUCCUCAUCUUUCUUCCUUCUGAUGUUCCCUAGUCGUCUUCCUUUCGUCCUUGGGUUCUCCCUUCUGCAUCUCCUUGUUUCCUAAGCUCCUUAAACCUCCUCCUUUCCUUUCCUGUGUCCUAUAUCCUGCCUCCUACCUCUGUCCGCUUCCUUCCUGUUUAAAACUGCUGAGGAAAUAAUUUUCCAUAAAUUCACCAUGAUUUUUCAUAUCUGUUGGUUCCGGUUCUUCAUUCUGAGCGCCUCGUCGCUUUGGGGCGGCGCUCCUGAACUCCCGGGAUCAGAACGCUUGAAUCUCCUCAUUUUAAUUAAAAGUAUUUUUGCUUCUGAAAAGAGAAAUAAAAUAAAACUCAUCAAACUUG